AAUACGUUGUACGUGGUGUUACACAUACAUAUAUAUAUACGCGCGAGAUCCAGAAACGGCGUCAAGAUGCCGCUCUUUGGGAAGAAGGACACGAAUAAGAAGAUCAAGAAGGACGGGAAGGACGACCGAUCGCCCUCCGUCGAGGACAAGUACAUCCUGAAGGACUCUUUGUUUAGGGGAGCAUUCUCUGAAGUGAGACUGGCGGAAAGUAAAGAGAAGCCAGGUCAAAUGUUUGCCGUAAAGAUCAUCGACAAAAAGGCGCUAAAGGGCAAGGAAGAUUCGUUAGAGAAUGAAAUCAAAGUUCUGCGAAGGUUCAGUGAGAGUGCGACACCACAGAGUGGUGGCGGAUCGCUCAAGUCGGAUAGUAAUGGCGAAAAGAGAUGGCUAACCCAUCCCAACAUCGUUCAAUUGCUGGAGACGUUCGAGGACAAGCACAAAGUCUACUUAAUUAUGGAAUUGGUUACUGGUGGUGAACUAUUCGACAGGAUUGUCGAGAAGGGCUCGUACACAGAAAAGGAUGCAUCUGGUUUAAUAAGACAAGUACUCGAGGCGGUAGACUACAUGCACGAACAGGGUGUUGUUCACAGAGAUCUCAAACCGGAGAAUCUCUUAUAUUAUAGUCCGGACGAGGACAGUAAGAUUAUGAUCAGCGAUUUCGGCCUAUCGAAGAUGGAAGAUUCUGGGAUUAUGGCGACUGCUUGCGGUACGCCAGGAUAUGUCGCACCCGAGGUUCUAGCGCAGAAACCAUAUGGCAAAGCGGUGGAUGUGUGGAGUAUAGGAGUCAUUUCGUACAUUCUCCUGUGUGGAUAUCCUCCGUUUUACGACGAGAAUGACGCCAAUCUGUUCGCACAAAUUUUGAGAGGUGAAUUUGAAUUUGAUUCGCCAUAUUGGGAUGAUAUCAGUGCUUCUGCAAAGGAUUUUAUUGGAAAGCUGAUGUGCGUCAAUGUUGAAGAACGUUAUACGUGCAAGCAGGCUCUUGCGCACCCAUGGAUUUCCGGCAAUGCCGCUAGCAAUAAAAAUAUUCAUGGUACUGUAUCUGAGCAACUUAAAAAGAACUUCGCCAAAUCAAGAUGGAAGCAAGCGUACCACGCAGCCACGGUCAUACGUCAGAUGCAACGGCUAGCGUUAAACAGUGGCCAGCAACAGCAGCAACAGGAGAGUACAGGCUCGAUCGGCCCCUCCAGCGAUAAUCUCACGCAAUAUCGAGAGCAAUCGCAGGUUAGCUACAACCAGCACGCGCCGCCCUCGAGCAAUCUCAGCAAUUGAAGCAAACGCGAGCCGUUGCUCAUCAUGUCAAGCCUGAUGUUUACGAAUCUCACUUCUCACACCAUUCCAGUCACUCCCGCUGACUACUCGACUCCGCUAUACAUGUGUCACGAACGCUUCAAGCUAAAGGGGAACACACGCACUGUUCGCUCUGUCCGCUCUCUUUUAAAACAACUUGUGUCGCGACUUAGGAAGCAACAGAAGCAUAAGAAGAGCUGGGCUUUAGGCACCGUUUAGAAUCAUGCCCGCAUACGCGACAUAGCUGUCGCUCUUAAGCUACGGGGAUAGAUUAGAGCCAAUUUGCUUCACGCCGGUGACGCGUACAUAUACACGUAUUAUGUGUAUAUGUACGCGUAUGUACAUGCAAAAACACAAUUACUAUCGAAAGGCGUAAACUACAAUUUGCUUUGGCUGGUCCAUGCGAUACAAUACAAUUUGUACCCUCUUCUAUAGCAGUACGACAGUUACGUUCGCAGGCUUUAUUCUUAUGAUUUACGACGUUUUCUACGUUACACACGCAUAAGCAAUAGUUCGUAGCAGUUCGCUGAAUACGUUUCGCAUCGAUCUGACAGAAUAAGAGGCGGUUUACAUCUCUAGAGAUAAAACUUGAAGAUUGUGUGUCGCAAUCAUGCCUGCACACUUUGUUAGAUCGAAUCGGUUCUAUAUAUAUUAUAUAGAAGUAUCUAUACAUAUAAAUAUAUGCAUUACGCAAACAGUACAACGACAAGUUUUUAUAUUUUAUAAAAUUCGGUGUAAUAAGUAGCGCGGCUGUUUGAUAUAAUUCUGUGCAACCUAGAGACCUGUAUCAUUAGACCCGGAACGAAUAUGAUUCCAUGUUAUGGUUCCUACGUAAUUCGAUCCUCGCACAACGUAACAUACACCUUGGUAUGAUAGAGAAUAUUCCCUAUCUACUUCACAAGUCGAUGAUAUGCGAAAACUUAAUACAAUACCAAAACGUAGACGAGAGGUCGCUUAGUGCACAGAGACAUAGCCUG